UGCAUGAACAGUUACCUCAGUGUGUGCUGAGCAUUGGAAGUUACAGGGCUUGAGUCAGUCUUAAGACUUGGGAAUCGGAUUGUUGGGGGACACUAGGUUCCCUACAAGCCGCCCCAGGCUUAAUGAUUGUCCAGAAGGUGGCUAUAAAGGGAGCCUGGGAGGCUGGGUGGAGGAGGGAGCAGCAAAAGCCUAACUCAGCAGAUCUGGGCGCUGAGAGAGCCACCGGCAGGAGCUGUGGUCAGAGGCUCCGUGUCCUGGCCAGUGGAGCCUGCUCCCGUCCACCAUGGCAGCCCAAGGCUACGGCUAUUACCGCACUGUGAUCUUCUCGGCCAUGUUUGGAGGCUACAGCCUGUACUACUUCAACCGCAAGACCUUCUCCUUUGUCAUGCCGUCGUUGGUGGAGGAGAUCCCUCUGGACAAGGAUGACUUGGGGCUCAUCACCAGCAGCCAGUCGGCAGCCUAUGCCAUCAGCAAGUUUGUGAGCGGGGUGCUAUCCGACCAGAUGAGCGCUCGCUGGCUCUUCUCUUCCGGGCUGCUCCUGGUUGGCUUGGUCAAUAUAGUCUUUUCCUGGAGCUCCUUGGUACCUGUCUUUGCUGCUCUGUGGUUCCUCAAUGGCCUGGCACAGGGGCUGGGCUGGCCUCCGUGCGGGAAGAUCCUGCGGAAGUGGUUUGAGCCAUCUCAGUUUGGCACCUGGUGGGCCAUUCUAUCAACCAGCAUGAACCUGGCUGGAGGACUGGGCCCUAUCCUGGCAACCAUCCUGGCCCAGAGCUAUAGCUGGCGCAGCACGCUGGCCCUGUCUGGGGCCCUCUGUGUGGUUGUCUCCUUCCUCUGUCUCCUGCUCAUCCACAAUGAACCUGCUGAUGUCGGACUCCGAAACCUGGACCCCACCCCCUCCAAGGGCAAGAAAGGCUCCCUGAAGGACGAGAGUACAUUACAGGAGCUGCUGCUGUCGCCCUACCUGUGGGUGCUCUCCACUGGUUACCUUGUGGUAUUCGGUGUAAAGACAUGCUGCACUGACUGGGGCCAGUUCUUCCUUAUCCAGGAGAAAGGACAGUCUGUCCUCGUGGGUAGCUCCUACAUGAGUGCCCUGGAGGUUGGGGGCCUCGUAGGCAGCAUCGCAGCUGGCUACCUGUCAGAUCGGGCCAUGGCAAAGGCAGGGCUGUCCGUGUAUGGGAACCCUCGCCAUGGCCUGUUGCUGCUCAUGAUGGCUGGCAUGACCGUGUCCAUGUACCUCUUCCGGGUCACUGUGACCAGUGACUCCCCCAAGGAUGUUGCUUUCUGGACUCCAGCUCUUCACCCUCUCGCUGAGCUCACAGGCUUUACGGAGGAUGAGCUCUGGAUCCUGGUGUUGGGAGCUGUGUUUGGUUUCUCCUCUUAUGGUCCCAUUGCCUUGUUCGGAGUCAUAGCCAACGAGAGUGCCCCUCCCAACUUGUGCGGCACCUCCCACGCCAUUGUAGGACUCAUGGCCAAUGUGGGCGGCUUUCUGGCUGGGCUGCCCUUCAGCACCAUUGCCAAGCACUACAGCUGGAGCACAGCCUUCUGGGUGGCUGAAGUGAUCUGUGCAGUCAGCACAGCUGCCUUCUUUCUCCUACGAAACAUCCGCACCAAGAUGGGCCGGGUGCCCAAGAAGGCUGAGUGAAGAGAGUACAGGCUCCAGUGCAUCCUCUCCUACCUGUGGCCUUCCCCUGCACAGGGUUGGGGGGAGUGGGAGGAGCAGAGAGAACGAAAGGGGGGCUGCUCCGGCUAGCACUGAACCUUUCAUUUCCUUUUGUGCUCCUUUUCCCUCGCCCAGGUGGCACUGGAAGAUAUCAGUGCCUAAUGAGGUCCCAGCUCCCCAUCCUGUGCUUUAUUUAAAAGGCAAACAUUUUUGGUUCUUGGACUCCAUUAGCUCCUAUUUCCUGCCUUCAGACAGGAAACCCCUGCAGUCAGGGAGUCUCCUGCACCCGUCUUCCCUCCUGGGUCCUGCCCAGUGUCCCAGAGAGGUGCGGCCCCUCUGGCAGCUGCAGGGUACCAGUGGCUCAAGAUUUCUGCCCCAAGGCCUCUCAGCAGGGGGCAACAGCCAAUACCUCCAAUCCCAGGGGGUGAGGAGGCCAUCACUCUCACGGGUACCCUGGGAAAAAGGGGCGGGUGGAGCAUCGUAGGGAGGGAGGAAGACUUGAUAUAGAUUAAAACUAGAUUUGAUA